AUGACGGGCUGUUUCAUUGACUAUUUGUGUGGUGAUUUUACAUUUAACUUUAAUAUUUACAACGUUUUCUUCCAUAUUCCAGCUCAAAAAACGCCUUGGACUGAAACAGAGACAAUACCACAGUUCACGUACCCUAGCACUAGUGAAAGCGAUUCAUUGUUACCGAAAACAGUGCCAUCAACAGUUUCGUCUUAUUUACCUCAACCGCCGGUAACGAGCCAACAAGACACGUACCAAACGCAAAGUUACCAAUACGAAAAUCAACAAUACGAUUCACAGUACGAUAAUCUACAAUAUCAAUACGAUCAACAAGAUCAACAGUAUACAGAACAAACGCAAUAUGAUGAUAAGCAACAAUACCAGCAGGAUUACCAGUACGAUUCACAGUUUGAGUCACAAUACCCGGAGGAAGAAAAACAACCAGUUUCCCAUCAGCUGUAUACGCAACAAUUUGAGCAAGACCAACAAUACUACCAAGAUCAACAGUAUUUGCAACACUCGGAACAACAAGCAAAUCAAUUACCCUUCCAACAGCAACAGCAACAGCAGCAACAACAACAACAGCAGCAGCAACAACUGCAGUUGCAACAGAAAAAGACACAACAGCAACAACAGUUGCAACAGCAACAGCAACAGCAGCAACAACAACAACAGCAGCAGCAACAACUGCAGUUGCAACAGAAAAAGACACAACAGCAACAACAGUUGCAACAGCAACAGCAACAGCAGCAACAACAACAAGCUAAACAACCUGCGCAACAACUACAAACGACUGUUUUAACUGGUGCUGCUACAUUAGGUUCAUUUAUGGCCGGUAGUGCGAAGAAGUUGGGAAGCCUUUUUGGUGCAGCUGCAGCAGCAGUUGCAGCUCCUGCUGUGACUCAGCCUCCUCAUACUACUCCUACGACAACAACUCCAACAAGCCAGUUUACUUCAUCAGUAGCUCCCGUAACGCCGUUCACAAGUACCGUGCCGGUAACAUCAUCCGUCCUAUCCUCCUCGCCCUAUCCGUCAUCCGAUAUGUCUACACCAGUGCAUUCGUCUAGCGCGAAUAUAUCGUCAUCAGCGCCAGUUUCUUUACCGCGAACUCCCUCUCUCAGAAGACAGGAGUCCAUACAAAGACCUUCAGUGCGCCGAACUCGGACGUUACCAGACGCACCUGAAGACUUAACCCAGUCGAGUUUCGACGAAAGUGCCUACGAGGACGAGUAUCAUAAGACUGAAUACGAUCAAUCAACAGACCGCGAUAGGACUUCUUUGGACAGGUAUCGUGAUGAUGAUUACAUUCAUGAUACCAUUCUCGAAGAAGUCCCUGAGGAGAGGCGUUUGUCGGAUGUACCGCCAAGCCCAAGCUUGCAGAAGCAAGCGUCUCCGACUAGAACUGUGGCUCAAAUAAGGAAACCGUCAGUUGACAGCUAUCACAGUCAAACGCCGUCGAUUGUUGAUCGUAGAACCUCGCAAAGUUCUUUUCACCCAGAAGAGAAACUUGCUGUCCCUACUACACAAGAAGAAUCACUCACGGAUAAAUCGAAAGUCACGUUCCAAGACGAGCGCACGACCUAUCACGAGGUACCUGAAGAGACUGACGGCUUCCAAGAAGCUGAACCUUAUGACGAUCAAGUUGAGGAAUACCAUGACGAUGUUUCAUACACUGACAAGAAUGAAACGUUCAUGGAAGAAAGAGAUAAGUUUGAUGACCAGGAACAGUUCCAAGAGACUGAUGACACGUAUCCAGAGACCGAAGACAAUGUGUUCCGUGAGAAGAAGGAGAGACCAGAGGAGCAGCCUGAACAGCCGAAGUUGACUCCACGGCAGCGAUGGCAUCGAGCCUACAAUAAGAUCGUGAUGCAGCUCAAUAACGAAUUCACUUUCUUUACGUUUUCAGUGACCGAAUUCAAGUAUUAUUGA